AUGCCUGCUCCCAAAGGCGGUCGGCGGCAGCCUAGAAUGCCUACGAUGCCUAACCUCAACUUGAGUCGCCAGCAGCUUCAACAGACCAAAUCCCAAGCUGAUCCAACCUCUCCGCCCCAUACCCCUACUGCAUCACCCCAGAAAUCUCGCAAGAUCCAGCCCAGCUUUGCUGAGGCGUCUCGCCGCGCUCCGAGGGAUCCUCACAUCCAACCUGUGGGCAAUGGUCACCAGUUUAGCUACCAGCCCUUUAUAGGGCCAGAGCAGUUUAGCCCUCGCUCCCCAUCUUCCUCUGAAGUUCCAGAUGAUUCUGGGGAUGAGUACUCGUCUGAGGAAGAAGACUACCAACCUCACCUUAUGAAGGCUCCGUCACCUCUAGCUGCAUCUGAUACCCCAUCCUCUCAAGACGACUCUGAUACGUAUGACGAUGAAGACGUCGAGGAAGAAGGCGGCGAAGAAGAGGACGAGGAGGAUCCUGACGAAGAACUCCAAGACGCUCAACUACAAGCCGAUGCAGCCAAGCAAUCCAUCUCUCCGAUCGGAAGAGUAGUGGAUAUGGAAGAUGAUGACGAGGAAGAGGAAGAGGAGGAAGAAUUGAGCGACGUUGAACCGAGAAUUCAUGCCGCAAAUCGAUUUGCCUGUCUGAUGGAAAGAGCGGCUGACACGGAGGACGAGGGAGAAGAAGAGGAGGAAGAUGACGAAGAACUGCAAGACUCUGAUAUGGAAAAAGAUGCAGCGAAGCCAUCCGUCUCCCCGAUCGGAAGGGCAGUGCAGAUGGAGGACGGCAGCGACGAGGAGGAGGGAGAAGCCGAGGAAGAGGAUGAUGAUGAUGAUGAUGAUGAUGAUGAUGAUGAUGAAGAGGAAGAAGAAGACAACCACGACAACGGGGAAGAUAUGUCACGGCCAGCCAUGGAAUCUCCCGUCUAUGCUACCACCGCAACCGCAACGACCACCGUCUGCGACUUUGUCCUCGAAGACAUGGAUCCCAUGGAUAGCGACAAUGGCUUAUCUGUCCUGGACCCCGAUGAAAUUGAGUCCAACCGUAGCCGAUCGAGCUCGAAGAACAGAGACAACGACCCAUCCACAUUCGAGCACAAAGAGCUGCCCAUCCGAAUGAUGCAAGAUUUGAAAAACCUGCACUGCAGCGCCGAGGCCUCGGACGAGGAAGCGGAGCAGGACACGGAAGAAGCCGCCUUUUACAAGUGGCAGCAGCACAUGCGCCGGCGUCGGCUUAGUAUCUCGAGCAGCAUCACCGGCAAGCGCACUUUUAGCGAGCGCAGCGACUCGGACGACUCGGACGACGCCGGCCUCGACGUCAACGAGGUCGGCUCCAGCGCGCGCCGCCUGCGGAAGCGCAUGCACCGCGGCAGCCUACUCUUUCAGGACCCGCCAGAGCCGCGCAUUGACGAGCUUGAGGAACCCAACUCGAGCGAGGACGAGUUCCUCCCCACCCAGAACCACCUCGGCAUGAAUUUGCCCUCCUGGACGAUUGAGAUUAACGAAAUGGAAGACUCGCAAUGA